AUGGGUAACACUAUAACUGUGAACAAAGAUUAUAAUUUUACAGGAAUAUUUCCUACAUGUACAAAAGUCUAUAGGGAAGAAGCAGAUUUAAAAAAAAAGAAUCCUCAUCGAUUAUAUAAGGACAUUUGUGAAGAUAUAAGGAAAGAAAUAAGAGAUAAUUAUUAUAUUUUCAAUAUAUCCUGUCAACAACUUAGCCUCUAUUUAGAUCAUAUAAAUAGUACAUCAAUUUCUAAUAAAGAGCCUUAUUGUAAAUAUUUCGGAUACAAACUAAAAGAUGAACUAUUUUUGGUUAAACCAACGUGUUAUGGGGAAGAAGAUUGUUAUGCUAAAAUGAUGAGUAUUAAGAAAGCUAAUAUGAAACAUGUAUCUAAUGUAUGUCAAAAUAAAUUUAAGGAUCUAGAUGAAGGUACAUUUUAUGUAAUGAAAAAACUAGAUGAAUUAUACGGUUCUUACGAACUCUUAAAAAAUGGAGAUGGAUAUUGCAAUCUUGCUGAUAUAUGUGCUAAUACAUAUGUGUCCCUCUUAAAAAUUAGCCAAAAUUCAAACAAUAAUACAUUUUCUAAAUUACUCGAAGAAUUUAGAGAUCAAUAUAACAGUGUUAUGAGACUAAAGUCAGAAUGUACAGAUGUCCCGAAAACAUUAUACUCAUAUUAUGGUAGAUAUGCACAUAAAGCUUUUCUAAGUUCAUUUAUUGUACUGCUUUCCCUAAUAAUAAUUAUAUUUAUUUUAUAUAAGUAUACUAAUUAUAUAUCAUACUUACCAUCAACCAUAAAAUAUCUAAAGGCCCUAUGGGACAAAAGAAAAGAAGCACUCAAAUUAAAUAAUUCAUUUAACACAGAAUACAAAAAUAUAAAUGAUAAACAAUAUCAAAUAUUAUAUAACACUUCAUAG